AUCAGAUGUCAACAAGAAAAAUGUCGAACAUGUUGCUUGCAUAAACGAUUCGAGAGAAGAAGUAAUCAAAAUAAAUCCUACCUGAGGUUCCUGGAAUUUUCUUGCAUCAUUAUGAUGAUGUAUCUUAGUUUGUACUGUGCUGGCUGAGUUGUGAGAAGAUCUCUAUUGUGUUUACGGUUUAUGUUGAUACCACCACCCCCCUUCCCAAAGGGUGAAACUCCAGGAAUAAGUAUGGGCUUCUUCAGUCAACUAAAACUCCUGGUGUGGAAGAAUUUUACACUGAAGAGACGACAAAGGCUGCGGGUUGCCGUGGAAAUAAUUUGGCCUCUGUGUUUAUUUUUCAUCCUGGUUGCUGUGAGGACGCGACCAGACUUGAAGGAAAAAGUUCAAGAAUGUCAUUUUGAUGGGAAGCCAAUGCCCUCUGCAGGGCCUUUGACGUUUUUACAAGGUUUUAUGUGCACCCUGAAUAACACGUGUCACCAUACAGUAACUCCGGAUGAACUACCAGGCAUUAUAGACAACUUCAAUCGCUCCUUGUUGACCAAGCUGCUGUAUGAUGUGGAGGAACUACUAGUAAACAGUACUAGUCGUGAGGAGAUCUUCAGGCUCAUUGAAGACUGGGAAAGUCUUAGCAAAUUGGCAGAUAUGAUCAGGAAUGGUACCGCUGUAGGAGGUAUCACAGUUGGUAACAUCAUUGUGGAUCCAGGUCGGUUACGAAACGAAAUAACGCAGCAAAACAUCAGCCUGUCCCAGAAAGCAGUAGAUGAGCUUCUCAAUGCCACUCUCAACAUUCGAGAUCUUGUUGCUGUAGACGGGCUCAACAGCACAAUUAGGGACCUGCUUGAUCGUGUUGAAGGACGUGGAAAUGCGACCUUCAAUAGUACGGUGGAUGCUCUGCGUGAGUUAGUUUGCAAUGACUCCAUGUUGACCUACUUCUUGACCUUCAACGACCCUGCAGCAGCCAUUGAUGUCCAGGAGCAGUUGUGUAAUCUGACCGUUGUCCAGUGGAGGGAACUCUGGGAGGACUUCGUUACAGACUUUAAUGCUACCUUGCUCAGGGAUGAAAUUGAUGCACACCUGCUUGCUAACAUUGGCAAAGGCUUAAACUCUGAUCCUGAAACCUACAGACUGAUGGCAGAGUUUUCUAGAGAUCUGAGGGAAUUAGAGAGCUACAAAUCAGUGCUGAGAGACUUUAAUGACACUUAUCAAGACUUCCGUGACAUGCGAAUGAAUGUCAAUCGAUCAAGUACAUUUGAAACUCUGGGAAAGCUGUUUUGUGGAAGAGCAAUUGACAGGUCCUCAAUGUCAGAUCUGAACCCAGAUGACAAGGAGGAGGAUGAAAAGAAAGAUGACAAGGAAAAGGACAAAUCAGAUGAGAGUGAUGUUGAGGAGUUCGACAAUACCACUACUCCUUUUUGUGCAUCUCUGUUUGAGGGUUUCCAGAGCACUCCUUAUACGCGUAUCCUGUGGAGACAAAUCAAGCCUAUCCUCAGGGGUUAUGUACCCUACACACCUGAUACCCCAGCCAUCCGGAGAGUAAUCAAGAAGGCUAACAGAACAUUUGAAGAGUUUGGUCGCUUGAUCAAAAUUGCAGAUGACUGGGAGGAAUAUAAACCUACUCUCAUUAACUAUUUGGAAACGAGUGAAAAUAUCAAGCUACUGAGAAGAUACUUUGCCUCCCCUUUGUGCACACUCCAGCCCAGGUUUGCAGAUCAGUGUAAGAAAUACUCUCGGUACUUGCGACUUAGAGGUGAUCCUGACCAGUACUCAUGGAGGAAAUCUCUGGACUACACCUCAGACAUGUUUAACGCCAUUAGGAAUUACACCGAGUGUUUUCAGGCCAACAAGUUUUUCCCAGUUAAGGAUGAAAUAGACCUGACUUAUCACAGUAUCAAACUCAUUGGUACAAACACAUUCUGGGCUGCUGUAGUGUUUGAUGUGGAUGGAACUAACACCAGUGUUUUACCAAGCCAUGUGAGCUAUAAGAUCAGAAUGGAUGCAGACAAAGUAGACAGCACCAAGAAAAUAGAGGACAAGUACUGGACGCCUGGAUCCCGUCGUCGCCCCACCCCAGACCUGAAGUAUUUGACUUAUGGGUUUGCAUACCUUCAGGACAUGAUAGAUCAUGCCAUCAUCAGCGAGCAGACAGGGAAGGACAUAGAGACGGGAAUUGUUGCUCAGCAGUUCCCGUACCCAUGCUACACCAGAGACAGGUUUGUGUUUGCCAUCUCAAGGUCAUUACCUCUGUUCAUGGUGCUCUCAUGGAUCCUGUCUGUGGCCAUGAUCGUCAAAAGCAUUGUACAUGAGAAGGAACAGAGGCUGAAGGAAGUGAUGAAGAUGAUGGGUCUUGGGAACGGGGUGCACUGGGUGGCAUGGUUCAUUAACGCUUUGGACCUUAUGUUCAUCACCAUCAUCCUGUUUGUCAUUACACUUAAGUACGGCAAAGUGCUGGAGUACACUGAUCCUUCUGUGAUGCUCGUCUUCCUGCUGGCAUUCAUGGUUUCCACGGUGAUGCAGUGUUUCCUCAUCAGCGUGUUCUUCUCACAGGCAAACUUGGCUGCUGUCUGUGCAGGCUUUAUCUACUUCAUCCUCUACCUGCCCUACACACAGAUGGUUCAGUGGGAAGAGUACAUCGGGACACCUUUGAAGUUGUUAGGUUGUCUGUCAAACAAUGUGGCAUUUGGCUUUGCCUGCAGCUAUAUUGCCCGUUACGAGCAACAGGCUGUAGGUAUACAGUGGAGUAACAUAGGAAGCAGUCCCGUCCCUGAUGAUGACUUCAGCAUGCUCAAGUGCAUUGUCAUGAUGUUGGUUGACGCAGUAGUCUACGGCGUAUUGACCUGGUAUUUGGAGGCUGUUUUUCCAGGUCAAUAUGGUAUUCCAAGAAAAUGGUAUUUCCCAGUCCAGAAGUCUUAUUGGAUGGGUACACGGAAUAAACAUGUAGAACAUGUGGAGAGAACUGGUCCAUCAGGAAUGAGCUAUACCCUGGACCAUACAGCCUAUGAAUUGAGUGGCACUGAUUCUCGAAAUAUAGAGCGAGAACCAGUGGGCCACGAGCUAGGUGUGGCUAUAAGAAACUUGAGGAAGGUGUACCGUGCAGGUAAAAAGGUAGCUGUAGAUGGGCUCUCAAUGAACUUCUAUGAAGGCCAGAUCACAUCAUUCCUUGGACACAAUGGAGCAGGCAAGACAACUACAAUGUCAGUACUUACAGGUUUGUUCCCUCCCACAGAUGGCACAGCAUAUAUCUACGGUAAAGACAUUCGGUCUGAGAUGGAUGAUAUUAGACACAGUCUUGGCAUGUGUCCACAGCACAAUGUACUUUUUGAUGGAUUGACAGUGGAGGAACAUCUGUGGUUCUAUGCCAGGUUGAAAGGCAUGAAAUCAAAAGAUGUUAAAGUUGAAAUGCCACAAAUGAUAGAGGAUGUAGGAUUGCUUAACAAGAGAACAGAACUGUCAAAGUCUUUGUCAGGUGGAAUGAAGAGGAAACUGUCUGUAGCCAUUGCAUUUGUGGGAGGGUCCAGGACCGUCAUUCUGGAUGAACCAACUGCAGGCGUGGACCCUUAUGCCAGGAGAAGUAUCUGGGAACUUCUGCUGAAGUUCAGAAAAAAACGCACCAUCAUUCUGUCCACCCACCAUAUGGACGAGGCUGAUGUGCUUGGAGACAGAAUUGCCAUUAUAUCCCAAGGAAAGCUUAAGUGCUGUGGAUCAAGCCUGUUUCUGAAGAAUCGUUAUGGCAGUGGUUAUUAUCUGACCGUUGUGAAGAGUGAUGACAGUCAAGAGGAGAGCGAACUUACCAAAAGCAUGGAUGAUUCACCCCGCUCACGUAGUCCAGAAAAGCCUGACUCCAGACCUUCUACAGCUGCCAGUGUGCGCACAUUAGUGGACGUCCAGCCGGUCAUAUCUGAAGUAGAUGAAGGUUAUGCUGAAGGGUUGAAAUCAGACAGAAGUGACAGUGACCCCCCUUCUGACCCUCCUACCCCACCACCGGAGGGAGCCACCAUGAUUCCAGGAUUUUCUGUUGCCCGAGUUACGGCUUUCAUCCAGAAGUAUGUAUCAGAAGCCUACUUGGUAGAGAAUGUUGGCACAGAACUUUGCUUCCAGCUCCCUGAGGAAGGGUCCCAUGAUGGCCGAUUUACCAACCUGUUUCUGGCUCUGGAGAAAUGUCACGAUGACCUGGGAAUCUCAAGUUAUGGCGUGUCAGAUACCAGUUUAGAAGAGGUGUUCCUGAAAGUAGCUGAUGAAUCUGGAAACGAUGGAGUUGAUCAAGACGAGAAGAGCAGAGAAAAUUUGGAGAACUACAUCGAAGGUGGGAAAAUUCCUCGUCCAGUCACUCGUCUCAGUUUCAGAAGUAAAUGUCGAGGAUUCUUCGGCCGCAAUAAACCACAGGGGGAUGUCCAGAUGCUGACCACUGAUGAUGAGCUAGACACAGAUGAUAUUCCACUCAUAUCUUCCUCAUGUGAGUCUGUGGCUUCUGUUCCCGAGGAGGGCCCUGUAGGGUUUGAAGGGGCUGGGAAGACUCAGGUAUCUGGCUGGGCACUUAAACGUAGGCAAUUCUUGGCUCUCUUCAUCAAGCGAUUCCACCAUGUCAGACGCAGUAAAAAAGGAUUUAUCUCUGAGAUCAUCUUGCCAGCAGCCUUUGUGUGUUUGGCCAUGCUCUUUGCGCUGCUGAUACCCCCUGUCACAGAGGAGCCUCCUCUAGAGCUGCACCCCUGGCUCUACACCCCAACUGGACCUGACCCUCAUCUCUACAUGUUCUACAGUAACGAUGCCCCUGGUACAACAUUGGCAGAUGGUUUUGAAGACACUUUACUCUCCAAGCCUGGGGUAGGAAACAGAUGUCUCAACCCAGGCAUUUAUCAGAUUGAUGGUUACAGGUGUGAACCCUCAAGGGAAUCUGCAUGGAUUGAUUCCCCAACAAAUGCUUCUCAGCCUUUACCCAAAUGUGACUGCUCCACUGGCUGGCAGGAAUGUCCAGACAUACCUCCCCCACCAGUUAAACGGUUAACGUCAACUGACUACCUCUACAACAUGACUGGUAGAAAUAUCAGUGACUGGCUUGUUAAGAAGAUGCAACCUUACAUAAAGAAGCGGUAUGGAGGCUUCAGUUUUGGUGACAUUAAUCGCUCAGCGCGUCUAAACAGCACACAGCUCAAAUAUUGGCUAGAUCGUCUGACAAAAGCGGCAAACAAUGGUAGUGUAGUAAUCGACCAGGAUCAUCAGUUCUGGGAAGAUCUGGAAACCUUCUUUGAAGAUCUGGAAGUCAGGAAUAUAGCAAAGGUAUGGUUCAACAACAAAGGCUGGACUGCUCUGGUAUCAUAUAUGAAUGUGAUGAACAACAUCAUUUUGAGGAGCCAGCUUCCUGCUGGGAAGGACCCUUCUGACUAUGGCAUCACCACAGUUAACCACCCUAUGAACUUCACAAGGCAGCAAUUUGAUGACCAGAUGGAGAACAGUGGGAAGGACUUGGUUGUUGCAAUCUGUGUGAUAUUUGCCAUGAGUUUCAUCCCAGCCAGUUUUGUGCUAUUCCUGAUACAAGAGAGGGUGUCCAAUUCUAAGCAUCUUCAGUUUGUGAGUGGCGUGAACCCCACCAUCUAUUGGGUGGCCAACUUUGCCUGGGAUAUGGUAAAUUAUCUGGUGCCAGCUACACUUUGUGUCUUCAUCUUCUUGGCCUUUAAUGAACAGUCAUACGUAUCACCUACCAACUUCCCAUGCUUGUUGGCUCUGCUCUUACUUUAUGGUUGGUCAAUCACUCCUAUGAUGUACCCCUUCUCCAGGCUGUUCUCUACACCCAGUUAUGCUUUUGUCAUUCUGUCUUGUGCUAAUGUCUUCCUGGGCACAGUCUCCACCAUGGCUACCUUUAUAUUGGAGGCACUUCAGGAUGAUGAUGCUGAGCUGAAGCGGGUUAAUUUGAUCCUGAAGCAGGUGUUUCUCUUGCUGCCUCACUACUGCCUGGGACGCGGGCUGACCGACAUGGCCAAAAACCAGGUUAUCAAGGAAGUGUCCUUGAAAUAUGGUGAGGACUUUUCUAAGAGUCCGUUCGAGUGGGGAGAAGUAGGACGAAACCUCUUGUGUAUGCUUAUACUUGGAGCUGUCUUCUUUAUCUUCAAUCUCUUACUGGAAUAUCGCUUCUUUAUCAAACCAAGACACAUUCAGUCGGAGCACCAUGAACAUGGGGAUGAGGACAUUGAUGUUGCUAGAGAGAGGAGGAGGAUAAUGUCAGGAGAGGCAACAAAUGACAUUGUGAGAGUGGAAAACCUCUCCAAGGUUUACAAGCUUCAUCUCAAAAACAGGAAGAUCAAAGCUGUGAAGGGACUAACUUUUGGAGUCCCAAAAGGCCAGUGUUUUGGGCUGCUGGGAAUCAAUGGUGCUGGCAAAACUACCACCUUUAAGAUGCUGACAGGUGAUGUGGCAGUGACUAGUGGGACAGCACACCUUGGGGAGAACAGCAUUCUCACGGAUAUGGUGAUGGUUCGUCAGGACAUGGGGUAUUGCCCCCAGUUUGAUGCUCUCGAUCCUCUGCUGACUGGCAGAGAACACUUGGAGUUUUAUGCUCGCCUCAGGGGUGUUCCUAAAGAACAGGUCAAACAGGUAGCGAAUUGGGGGCUGAAGAAGCUCGGUCUGCUUCAGUACUCAGACAAGCUUGCAGGGAGUUACUCAGGUGGAAAUAAGAGGAAGUUGUCCACAUCGAUAGCCCUCAUUGGUAACCCUGCUGUAGUAUUCCUGGAUGAACCAACCACAGGGAUGGAUCCAAAAGCUCGUAGGUUCCUUUGGAAUUGUAUAGCCAGUAUAACGAAAGAAGGACGAUCUGUUGUUCUCACAUCACACAGUAUGGAAGAAUGUGAAGCUUUGUGUAGCCGACUUGCCAUUAUGGUUAACGGUGAAUUCAAGUGUAUAGGAAGUGUGCAGCAUCUUAAAAACAGGUUUGGAAACGGCUAUACAAUAAUCCUGCGUGUGGCGGGUCAGAACCCUGACAUGCAGCCUGUCCGUCGGUUUAUCCAGACAUCCUUCCCAGGUGCAGUGCUGAAGGAGAAACACCAUAACAUGUUACAAUACCAGCUGGGCAUCUCAGAGACUUCCCUAUCCAGUGUUUUCAGCUGCAUGGAAGAGGCCAGGAAGGAACUCAACAUAGAGGAUUAUUCUGUGUCACAGACCACAUUGGACCAGGUGUUUAUAAACUUCGCAAAGAAGCAGUGUGAAGAUGUAGAAGAUGCUGAAGAUUUUCCCGACUUGAGCUCCCAUGAUGGCGUUAAACCAGAUUUAGCUGAUGUUCCCAAGGUGACCUUUGACUACGAUGAGCAGAGUUUGACAGGCAGUACUCUGGGUCUGAUUGGACCUGAUAGCAUUCGUGGUAGUGCUCGCAGCAAUCGUAGUGCUCUUAGCAACGACAUAGAAAUGACCUCUGUCGACGUUUCCUGAACUAAAUGUUCAUCUCUUUGGCAUGUAAUUGAUGAUAUCUUGAUGAACUUGUUCUCAGAGAGAUAAGAGAGAUAGCAUACAGAGCCAAAAACAACUUGUAAGAGCUUUGUGGAUUCUACAUGUAUUAUUGCAUACUUUUUGUAAAAAUCUCUACAUAUCUGUCGAUUGAGAUGUGAUUUUAAUAUGUGUUCUCAUGUAAUUUAUUUUUUUUUAAGCCAGGGAUUUGUUUCCCUCAAGGAAAAGUUACUAAAAGUAAUACAUAUGCUUGAAUGAAAAAAUAAAAAAAGAAAAAUAAAGAACAUAUUUACAAUAUGUCAGAAAACAUGUAUUGUAAGAGAUAAGCACAAUACAAUUAAUGAAAAUUUAUGGGAGCAUCCAUUGGCUGAGUGAGUUAUUGCCAAUGGGCUGGAACUCUCUAAUUGUUCCAGGCAAAAUGUUUCGAAAUUACAGUAACUGAAGUAAAAUCAUGAAAGGAUGACAUGCAGCUUUCAGAUAUGUACAAUCGUGGGGUUCUUGAACAACCGGACAAGAGUGACUUUAUCACUUGUUGAAUGAAGACAAACAACAUACAAAAUUUUGUUUUUGCAAAGUACACGAUAAGAAAAAUGUUGUAGUUGUCUUUUUUCACUUUUUUCAAAUUGUCAUACGUGCCAUCAUGAUUUAGAAAUGUUAGGCUAUCAUUUUUUAUUACAUUUACUAUAACAUGGUCGCCUGAAAAAGGUUUUGGAAAAAGUUAUUUGGAAUAAAUGGACAGUGGAGAAAAUUGAGGAUUUGAGCCUUUGUGAACUUCAGCGAAGCGGUGUCAGUGGUCUGUCCCAAAAAAGGCAAGACAGAUGAUCAGUAAAUUAAUAUAAACAAUUGUUGCCUAACAUUUUUGACAAGUUACAUGAUACAGGAGGACUAUUUUUCGAACUCAAAUCUCCCCUAUUGGUAGAUGCUUUGUGCACGCAUGAUGUACUAGUUAAAACAUGGAUUUUCUUGUUAUAAUUUGGCCAGUGCAUGUGUGAAAUAUUUCUUUUAUACAAUUACCUUGUGGGUGAGAAAAUCAUGGAAUACAGUACAAUAUUUAUGUCUUAUUAAAUUGCAAAUUAUUAAAAAAUCGCUAGUUUGAGAAUUAAUUGAAAUUUAUGGCAGGGUCACAUUUUGACAAUUACAUAUUGUGCAUGCAAUAUCUGCACCAAUACAAAAACUGAAAUGGAAAAUGGGGGUGAGUGGCUGUUUUUCACAUACUAGUAUUUACACAAUGGUUUUGAGUGCUUUAAAUGAGAGAUUACAUAUAUAUAACUUUUAUAGAUUGUUUGGGCAUAGUGUAAGCAGAUUUUUAUUUUAGAAAGUAAAUUUUGUGUGAAAGAGGAGAUUGGACAUUAAUCAUGUUAUAUGUGUACCCCAAAUCUGAUACCUGUGAUUAGAAAGUAUAUUAUUUGUUUUGUUUGUUUUAAAAUGUUGAUGUACAUUCAGGUACACCUACAUACAUGUGUAAGUAUCUUGAGAAUUUCAUGUUAUUCUCUUUAUAACACCCUAGAAUGAAUUUCUUGAAAGCAACAACGCAGGAUAUUUGUACAGGGAUAAAUAUUCAUUAGGCCCAAUAUUCAAGCAAAGAUUUGUAAUGUAAUUAUACUCAGAAGUACGAUUUUUUCCACCUUGUUAACAUUAGUUUUCAUGGUUCAAACCUUAUGUUUUGGUAGUUUUAGAGACCAGAAACUGAACAGUAUUUCCAUAUUUGUGAAGCAUUUAUCAAUUUGAUUUAUACUGGUACAUUAAUUAUGACCAGAGGAAUCAGUUCCUAAUUCCUUAGUUGUCAUUCUUAGGCCUUGUAAAUAGAUGCGAGUGUGCGAGUUGAAGAGAGCAUGGAAACUAAAACAUAUUUCACUUGAUAAUGUAAUUAGGGGAAAACUUGGCUUUAUAAUAGUACUACUUUUGACCCUGUUAGUAAGAUUGUUUUUGAUGUCUUUCUUUAUUUUAAACUUGUCUUAUGUGUAUUUCAUUUUUAAUGGCAUUUCAGUGUCAUUUUACAAGAAGUGUUAUAAGUGCCCCAGUACUCUAAGCACUCUCUGGGGGACGGGGGGACAUGAUUUAUUCACCCAAAAAUGUAUAACAAAUGUUUUUUAUGCACCAGUUUUUGCUUUGUUGUAUUACGAUGGAUGAGAGAGUAUAAAGAGCACUCCAACUCAGUAGAGUGUUUUUGGGGGGCAAUAGUAAAGAAUGUGGUGCUGGUAACCUUUUACUUUUCACAUGAUUUCUAACAUAGAUCCGUUCAUACCUCUUUGAGAUAGACGAUUUUUAAAUGUUGUGCAAGCAACACACUCACUAUGUGCACAUAAAUUUCACUUUUAGCAUCUAUCACAGUUGUCCAACUGAAACUGUUUCCCAAGUGGGCCCCGGUGCCCCUUAACUGUUUUUAACCAAAUUUUCACAGAGAUUCAAAUUCAUAGCUACAUUAGUGAGCUGGACUCAUUUUCGUGGAAUUUAUAGGAACUUUCACACAUUUUUUUUUGUUAUAAUUUUAUUUUCUGUGGGAAUCUUUUCUGUCUGUUAGGUAACACCAGAGGUUACGUCUUUGGGAAAAUAAAUGUUCAAAGUGAUUGCAUGAAAAUGUUUGUUAUCAGCAAGCUUAGCAAUGUAAAUAACUAUUUGAAACUUUUCCUUCUUCCUGAAGAGUUACCAAUGUCUUUCUUUCCUUUUUUUUGAAUCCUAUUUACCUUUGUUUUUCUCCAGUAAUUAUCACACCUGAAGUUAUUUAAUGGGUUUACUUUAUAAGCUUGUCUGCUCUUUUCCUUAUCAGGGAAUUUAGAAACUGUUGUUACUUAUCUGUGAUAUUUAAACAAUAUAAUGUAUGCACAUGACAAACAAAACAAGAAAUAAAGUUUUUUUGAUAUUGUUGUGAUGCUGUGACAUGCAGUUACAAAAAAGA